AUGAUAAUAUCGAUAUAUAAUGAAAAGUAUCGAAAAGAUAUAGAAAAGUAUCGAAAAGAUAUCGAAAAGUAUCGAAAAGAUAUCGAAAAGUAUCAUAAAGAUAUCGAAAAGUAUCGAAAAGAUAUCGAAAAGUAUCGAAAAGAUCGAAGAAAAGAUAUCGAAAAUAUCGAUAUAUCGAAAAGUACCGAUAUAUCGAAAAGUACCGAAAAGAUGUCGAAAAUAUCGAAAAGAUAUCGAAAAGUGCCGAAAAGAUAUCCAAAAGUACCGAAAAGAUAUCCAAAAGUAUCGAAAAGAUAUCGAAAAGUAUCGAAAAGAUAUCGAAAAGUGUCUAUAUAUAAUGAAAAGUAUCUAUAUAUAAUAAAAAUAUCGAUAUAUAAUGAAAAGUAUCGAAAAGAUAUCGAUAAGUAUCGAAAAGAUAUCGAUAAGUAUCGAAAAGAUAUCGAUAAGUAUCGAAAAGAUAUAGAUAAGUAUCGAAAAGAUAUCGAUAAGUAUCGAAAAGAUAUCGAAAAGUAUCGAAAAGACAUCGAAAAGUAUCGAAAAGAUAUCGAAAAGAUAUCGAAAAGUAUCGAAAAGAUAUCGAAAAGUAUCUAUAUAUAUCGAAAAUACCGAAAAGAUAUCGAAAAGUACCGGAAAGAUAUCGAAAAGUACCGAAAAGAUAUCGAAAAGUACCGAAAAGAUAUCGAAAAGUACCGAAAAGAUAUCGAAAAGUACCGAAAAGAUUUCGAAAAGUACCGAAAAGAUUUCGAAAAGUACCGAAAAGAUAUCGAAAAGUACCGAAAAGAUAUCGAAAAGUACCGAAAAGAUAUCGAAAAGUACCGAAAAGAUAUCGAAAAAUACCGAAAAGAUAUCGAAAAGUACCGAAAAGAUAUCGAAAAGUACCGAAAAGAUAUCGAAAAGUACCGAAAAGAUAUCGACAAGUACCGAAAAGAUAUCGACAAGUACCGAAAAGAUAUCGACAAGUACCGAAAAGAUAUCGACAAGUACCGAAAAGAUAUCGAAAAGUAUCGAAAAGAUAUCGAAAAGUAUCGAAAAGAUAUCGAAAAGUAUCGUAAAGAUAUCGAAAAGUAUCGAAAAGAUAUCGAAAAGUAUCGAUUAUCGAUAUAUUAUGAAAAGUAUCGAAAAGAUAUCGAAAAGUAUCGAAAAGAUAUCGAAAAGUAUCGAAAAAGAUAUCGAAAAGUAUCGAAAAGAUAUCGAAAAUAUCGAAAAGAUAUCGAAAAGUAUCGAAAAGAUAUCGAAAAGUAUCGAAAAGAUAUCGAAAAAGUAUCGAAAAGUAUCGAAAAGAUAUCGAAAAGUAUCGAAAAGAUCGAAGAAAAGAUAUCGAAAAGUAUCGUUAUAUCGAUAAGUAUCGAUAUAUCGAAAAGUAUCGAUAUAUCGAUAAAUAUCGAUAAGUACCGAAAAGAUAUCGAAAAGUACCGAAAAGAUAUCGAAAAGUAUCUAAAAGAUAUCAAAAAGUAUCGAAAAGAUAUCGAAAAGUAUCGAAAAGAUAUCGAAAAGUAUCAUAAAGAUAUCGAAAAGUAUCGAAAAGAUAUCGAAAAGUAUCGAAAAGAUCGAAGAAAAGAUAUCGAAAAGUAUCGAUAUAUCGAUAAUAUCGAUAUAUAUCGAAUAGUAUCUAUAUAUAAGGAAAAGUAUCGAUAUAUAACGAAAAUAUCGAUAUAUAAUGAAAAGUAUCGAAAAGAUAUAGAAAAGUAUCGAAAAGAUAUCGAAAAGUAUCGAAAAGAUAUCGAAAAGUAUCAUAAAGAUAUCGAAAAGUAUCGAAAAGAUAUCGAAAAGUAUCGAAAAGAUCGAAGAAAAGAUAUCGAAAAGUAUCGAUAUAUCGAUAAGUAUCGAUAUAUCGAAAAGUAUCGAUAUAUCGAUAAGUAUCGAUAUAUAGAUAAGUAUCGAUAUAUCCGAUAUAUCGAUAAUAUCGAUAUAUCGAAAAGUACCGAUAUAUCGAAAAGUACCGAAAAGAUGUCGAAAAUAUCGAAAAGAUAUCGAAAAGUGCCGAAAAGAUAUCCAAAAGUACCGAAAAGAUAUCCAAAAGUAUCGAAAAGAUAUCGAAAAGUAUCGAAAAGAUAUCGAAAAGUGUCUAUAUAUAAUGAAAAGUAUCUAUAUAUAAUAAAAAUAUCGAUAUAUAAUGAAAAGUAUCGAAAAGAUAUCGAUAAGUAUCGAAAAGAUAUCGAUAAGUAUCGAAAAGAUAUCGAUAAGUAUCGAAAAGAUAUAGAUAAGUAUCGAAAAGAUAUCGAUAAGUAUCGAAAAGAUAUCGAAAAGUAUCGAAAAGACAUCGAAAAGUAUCGAAAAGAUAUCGAAAAGAUAUCGAAAAGUAUCGAAAAGAUAUUGCAAAGUAUCUAUAUAUAUCGAAAAUACCGAAAAGAUAUCGAAAAGUACCGGAAAGAUAUCGAAAAGUACCGAAAAGAUAUCGAAAAGUACCGAAAAGAUAUCGAAAAGUACCGAAAAGAUAUCGAAAAGUACCGAAAAGAUUUCGAAAAGUACCGAAAAGAUUUCGAAAAGUACCGAAAAGAUAUCGAAAAGUACCGAAAAGAUAUCGAAAAGUACCGAAAAGAUAUCGAAAAGUACCGAAAAGAUAUCGAAAAAUACCGAAAAGAUAUCGAAAAGUACCGAAAAGAUAUCGAAAAGUACCGAAAAGAUAUCGAAAAGUACCGAAAAGAUAUCGACAAGUACCGAAAAGAUAUCGACAAGUACCGAAAAGAUAUCGACAAGUACCGAAAAGAUAUCGACAAGUACCGAAAAGAUAUCGAAAAGUACCGAAAAGAUAUCGAAAAGUAUCGAAAAGAUAUCGAAAAGUAUCGAAAAGAUAUCGAAAAGUAUCGUAAAGAUAUCGAAAAGUAUCGAAAAGAUAUCGAAAAGUAUCGAUUAUCGAUAUAUUAUGAAAAGUAUCGAAAAGAUAUCGAAAAGUAUCGAAAAGAUAUCGAAAAGUAUCGAAAAAGAUAUCGAAAAGUAUCGAAAAGAUAUCGAAAAUAUCGAAAAGAUAUCGAAAAGUAUCGAAAAGAUAUCGAAAAGUAUCGAAAAGAUAUCGAAAAGUAUCGAAAAGUAUCGAAAAGAUAUCGAAAAGUAUCGAAAAGAUCGAAGAAAAGAUAUCGAAAAUACCGAAAAGAUAUCGAAAAGUACCGAAAAGAUAUCGAAAAGUAUCUAAAAGAUAUCAAAAAGUAUCGAAAAGAUAUCGAAAAGUAUCGAAAAGAUAUCGAAAAGUAUCGAAAUGAUAUCGAAAAGUAUCGAAAAGAUAUCGAAAAUACCGAAAAGAUAUCGAAAAUAUCGAAAAGAUAUCAAAAAGUGCCGAAAAGAUAUCCAAAAGUACCGAAAAGAUAUCCAAAAGUACCGAAAAGAUAUCGAAAAGUACCGAAAAGAUAUCGAAAAGUACCGAAAAGAUAUCGAAAAGUAUCGAAAAGAUAUCGAAAGGUAUCGAAAAGAUAUCGAAAAUAUCGAAAAGAUAUCGAUAAGUAUCGAAAAGAUAUCGAUAAGUAUCGAAAAGAUAUCGAUAAGUAUCGAAAAGAUAUAGAUAAGUAUCGAAAAGAUAUCGAUAAGUAUCGAAAAGAUAUCGAAAAGUAUCGAAAAGACAUCGAAAAGUAUCGAAAAGAUAUCGAAAAGAUAUCGAAAAGUAUCGAAAAGAUAUCGAAAAGUAUCUAUAUAUAUCGAAAAUACCGAAAAGAUAUCGAAAAGUACCGGAAAGAUAUCGAAAAGUACCGAAAAGAUAUCGAAAAGUACCGAAAAGAUAUCGAAAAGUACCGAAAAGAUAUCGAAAAGUACCGAAAAGAUUUCGAAAAGUACCGAAAAGAUUUCGAAAAGUACCGAAAAGAUAUCGAAAAGUACCGAAAAGAUAUCGAAAAGUACCGAAAAGAUAUCGAAAAGUACCGAAAAGAUAUCGAAAAGUACCGAAAAGAUAUCGAAAAGUACCGAAAAUAUAUCGAAAAGUACCGAAAAGAUAUCGAAAAGUACCGAAAAGAUAUCGAAAAGUACCGAAAAGAUAUCGACAAGUACCGAAAAGAUAUCGACAAGUACCGAAAAGAUAUCGACAAGUACCGAAAAGAUAUCGAAAAGUACCGAAAAGAUAUCGAAAAGUAUCGAAAAGAUAUCGAAAAGUAUCGAAAAGAUAUCGAAAAGUAUCGUAAAGAUAUCGAAAAUAAAUCCACUCCAUGUAUAUUACCAUACCCGGUUAUUUUUACUCAUAAAAAUUUGUCUGUAGUCUUGUACGAAAUGUUUUCACAAUUUUGUACUGCCCUGGCUGCACACUUUUCUGGGUUCGGAACUGAUGCCCUUAACGUGAAUUUACUUUGUCUUCACCACAGCAUAUUUACUUGA